CAAUUUUCAUACCGUACAUUGACUACGACGGCAAGAUUGAGCUCUUGAAGAUGGACAACGACGACGACAGUAGUGAAAAAAUGAGAUGGUUGGGUUUUAUUAAUUGUACUCGGUCAACUGAAACUGACUGAAAACUCACCAAAAAACAACUGUUCUACCUACCUCAAAACUUUCUCCGAUUAUCCGUCGAUAAACACCAUGUCUUCACAUCCGAAUCGAGGGAUACACACCCUGUCUUCACACUCAAACGGGCGCCCACCGUUCUUGAACGAACGUCCCCUUCUUGCUGAAUCGUCCAUCGAUCCAAUACGUGGAAAUGCCCAAACCAUGCGGCUUCCCCCUUUGUCUUCUAUCUAUCAACCACCCGCGCAAAUUUUGAACGCGUGUGCUGGCUUGCCAUUUGACCCAAAUAUUCGUUCAAUGUGAUUGACAAACUUCUCUCGAUUGACGAACACGUCGAACCUGUCCCGUUCGAUACCGACCCAGUCAAAUCAAAAUAUAGCAGGAAUGAACAAUCCUGCUUUCUGCCCACCCACACCGUUCCAACUUUGCAGUCAGAACAAUUCAUUUCCGUUGCGAUCUGCAUACCCUCAGCAGGCAGUCCCAAGUCAUCCAGCCCAUGGCCUGACCCCCCCUAAAGACCUCAACCCUCGCAUGGUUCUCAGUGACUCUACCAUGCACAAUGCCGCUGCUUUGGCACCCAUGAAUGCCCACCCUUCCUCAUUCAAGAGGACUCUGGAUAACCGAGAUCUCAGAAAACCUUCCCUAUUUAGACCAUCUCAACCGGUUAAGGCAUCUAGUCUGCAUCCUCUCCGUUCGCCUUCUCCCUCUAUUGUUCAAGCACAUUCCUCCACUCCGUCUUCUUGGUCUAUCCCUCCCACUGCCCUUCAAUGGGCGCCCAUUCAGUAUGUUGAUAGCGUGGAUGCUGAUGCAUAUGAAUGUAGGGAGCUUCAAAAACGAAUCGAUGCGCAAGUUCGAACUGGGGCCCAGUCAAGUAACACCUCAGUAGAUUCCGCCGAAACCUCGAACCUAGCCACUCCACAAUCCUCUAUUCCCGCCUCUUACCGUCUGUUUGAAUCGCUAACUGUAGGCUUUAGCGGUUCAAAAUUGACUACUGAGGAGUCAACCAUGCCGCCAGCCUCCCCCCCUUUCACCCAUGAUUUUGGUGCGCUACAUUCACCAUCCCACCCAUCUUCUCCUCACCACCCAUCUUCUCCCUCACCUUCUUCACCCGCUUCCAAUAUACCGGCGUCUGUUCUUCCCACUAUUCCACCUGCCAUUGAUCCACUUCCGCUGCCCAGUAUAGAGGGAAUCGGUGAGGAUUCUGUUGGAGAUCAGUCCAAUGAGCAUCAUUCCUUCGAGGUCGAUGCUGUCCCUGCGGCAACUACAUGCUCAAGAAUGGGGGAGGCCGAAAAGGCGUUGAAGGGCAAAACCCGAACGGAGCGCAUCAACACUGCUCUUGUCGAUUACUUGAAUGAUACGGAGCAGCCCGAGAUCUGCAAAAUUGCAUUGGAGCACAAGGUCAACGUUCGAAGGGUCCAGCAGCUACAGGGUCGGGUGACAUCUCUCAAAAAUUGCAAAGCACCCAGUGCAUACAAUGCCGUGUACAGGAAGAAAGCCCAGGAGCUCAACAUAGGUGUCGCUAAAGGCCAUAGGGCAGGCCCUAAGGAAAUUCAUGCUGCUGUCAAGGCUGAUGAGGAGCUUCAAGAAAUACUUCAAGAUCCUGUCCUCUCGAAGGAGCUUCAAGAAGAUAUGGAAGCUACUAGAGACGAGAGGAUUCGCGGUGCGAGAUUCUCCAACAAGGCCGCCGCUACCGACGCAGUCAGAACACUCACUCGCAUUACACAAGAGGUGAAUGAUCUCUCAAGUCGUACAGGUGCCUGCGCCUUUGGUUUUAUCACCAGAGGAGGCUAUGACUCCAGUAUAGAAGGCGGAUUCUUCGCUCGCGGCCCGGUUCAAGAGUUCCUACAGCAGUGUUUCCACAUAUCCAUAUGGGACUUUGUGAGUAUGGCGGAGGGUUUCUUUUGCAAGGAGGAAAAGCUUCAGAGAAAAGGGCCAAACGGCAAAGACAUCAAGAGUAAGCUGGCUCAAAUGAUUACCGAACGCUUUCGAGAGAUAACCGGUGGUAAAGGGAUGGUGGUGAACUAUGUUCACUACAAGUCCCAGGUCGUCGAAAAAUUCAAGGUUCAUAUCGUUGGGUGGCCCGAGAACGGGCCGUCAAUUAUGAGCCCAUACAGCCUACCCAUGGCAGAUGCUCGGAUGAUUUACGACUUGUGGAGGACCAACUCUUGCCAAUGGAAGAAGAUGUCAGCCGCUGAAUACAAGGCCUUCGUUACUGAAAUUAACAAACUUCGCGAAGAUGGAGCUGAUGUGGACCCUCAGCGUACUAAGCGGAGUGACUACGGCGGUACCCAUAAGAGAAAGUAUGCGGAGGACACUGGGGGAUCAAGGAAAAGGCUUAGGACUGGUGGAAGCACAACUGGCAAGGCAGCUUCGGAGAAAUCAAAGGGACACAAGAGUAAGGAAACUAUCUCUGACUCUGAUUCGGGCUCCGAGAGUGGUGAGGAAGAGGGAUGUGUGCCUUAGGUAACUGGCUGUCGCUGACAAGGGUUUUUCUAUGUUUUUUUCAUGGACAGAGUAUAUAUUAUGUUCUUUAUGUGCAUGUCCUGUGUUUUUGAUAGAAAAAGCCUGUCAAUUAGAAGCAAUACACUGUUUCUAUUGUUC